CUGUGUCGUUCAAGGGUGAACUGUACAUUUGAUCUUCAUCCUUUUAGAUAACUGAUUAAUUCCACAGUAUGAAUGUACCAUAGUUCAUCAGCCAUUUAUUAUAAAGCAGUAUUAAUGUGUGUGCCAGAUGACUUAUUGCCUCGUACACAGUAAAUUUUAUUAUUUAUUCAGUUUAAAGCAGGGGUCCCCAACCUCUGGGGUCUAAUACCUGAUGAUUUGAGGUGGAACUGAUGUAAUAAUAAUAGCAAUAAAGUAUCCAGUAAAUGUUGUGUACUUGAAUCGUCCUGAAACCAUCCUCUCUUCCCCAUUCCAUGGAAAAAUUGUCUUUCACAAAACUAGCCCCUGGUGCCAAGAAGGUUGGGGACUGCUGGUUUAAAGUGUGUAUGCACUGUCUAAAUAGGUGCAGUUAACACCUUUCCUUUUUUUUUAAGUUAUUCUAUGCAGGAAAUGUAUGAUGUAGUAUCUGGAGUGGAGGAUUACAAGCAUUUUGUUCCUUGGUGUAAAAAAUCAGAUAUAAUAUCAAGGAGAUCUGGAUACUGCAAAGCGCGAUUGGAAAUUGGGUUUCCACCUGUGCUGGAGCGCUACACAUCAGUAGUGACAUUGGUGAAACCUCAUUUAGUGAAGGCAUCCUGUACUGAUGGGAAGCUCUUCAAACAUUUGGAGACUGCUUGGCGUUUUAGCCCAGGUCUUCCCGGCUACCCAAGAACUUGUACUUUGGAUUUUUCAAUUUCUUUUGAAUUUCGCUCACUUCUACACUCUCAGCUUGCCACAUUGUUUUUCGAUGAAGUUGUAAAGCAGAUGGUGACUGCCUUUGAAAGAAGAGCGUGUAAGCUGUAUGGUCCAGAAACAAACAUACCUCGGGAAUUGAUGCUUCAUGAAGUUCAUCACACAUAAAGAAAAAAGGAAAUGGUCACCUACUCCUAUCUAGUUUAUUCACUUUUAGGAAGUGCUUUCAUCAUUUGCUUUCAGACGUCAGAAAGCAUUUGUCAAACCCAGCUUUGAUUAUAAACCCAUACCGUUGAAAAUUUGCACUUGGAAUAUGGAACCAUAUGUACAUAGAAUUCAGUCAAGUAUAAUUCAGAGUAGUAUGUAUAUUAGCAUAUUUACGAUAAUAGGAUGUCAUCACUGUUGCUGGAAUACUGAUAGCACUCUUCUGAGUGGAAAUUGGAACUGUAAAUGUAAACCUUUUAAUUAUUGCCUCACCUGAGGGGUUGGUUGAGAUACUCCUGCAGUGUGUACUAUAUUAACUAUAUCACCUUUAAGUUAUUAAUUUCAGACUGUUUAUAACUUAUUGUUAGGGCCUGCCUCGUGGCUCAGGAUAUUUGAGUAAUCAUCAGAUAUUUAAAGUAAAACCUUUGACUUAAAAAUACUGUUAAUGAAGGUUCCCUGGCACUUUUCUUAUUUUUAAAUUGUUCCUAUGGAUAGCAGUAGAUAAUUCAGUAUUAUACUAAGGUUAGCUUUCAGAUAAACAAUUAUUUUUUAUUUUUAUUUUUUGGUGAGUGGUCCAGAGAGUUUUUUUUUGGUCCAGAGUUUUAAACUACUUUUCUCAUAGUUUGCAACCCUCUCCCUGAUACUUUGCUGUGUCAGUAAUGCUGAAUCUGUGUCAAAUUUUGUCUACAGCAGUGGGCAACAGAUCAAGAUAAGUUGGUUGAUGUGUCUGCAGCACCAUGCAUCCUUAUUUUCUAUUUAUUCUGUGUGUUCACUUUCGAUAAUGUAUUUCAAACUGAUAUUUUUGUAAACAAAUCAACAUAAGGACUGAAGUGGUAACUUAAUAAAGUUAAUUUGUUUAUUUUUUGUACA